AAAAUACCCGGCGAAAUCCUACUGAAAUUUAUUAGUCACACUUGUAUUUUCUAGUGAAGCAUUCCCAUUAUGCACGAAUUUCUACCCAGUUUAAUUUCCACAAUCCCGCUGGAUUCAACUCCACUACUUCCGUUGAUAGAAGAAGAAAACAGUUUCUGUGCAAAGUUUUUAAGUGAUUUUAACAUUUUUCAGUUGGGCCAAAAUAUUUUUUUGAAAACUUCCAAUCCAUUUUUGAUGCGUAUUUACAAAGAAAACAAAUAUCCCAAAGAGGAAAACUAUGUUAAAAUGAGCCAAGAGGAAAACAAGAAUGAAGAAGACAUGCAUGAUAUAAGAUGUCAAUGCGAAGAUUGCCUAAGCAAAAACGGAGCCCUACCUUUAUUGGUACAAGUCAUUGAACAAAAAUCAUAUCCCCCACCUAGUCAACAGGAGCCAUUACCUUCAACUAGUCGAGGAGAAGGUUCGCCUAAGAAGCAAAUGGCUUGCGAACACUGCCAAAAAGUCUUUACACACAGGGGAGACUUAAAUAAACACUUAAGAAAACACACCAAGGAGCGACCCUUCAAAUGCCAAAUAUGCAACAAAAAAUUCGCGCACACGUCGAACCUACAAAGGCACAUAAGAAUACACUCAGGUUUGAGGCCAUUUUCGUGUCGAAAUUGUGGUAAAACCUUCAAUAGAAAAGACAAGCUUGACUCACAUAGAAAAAGUAGAACGUGUAAAAAGCCGACCCAGCCAUGAAGAUUUUUGGUAUUACUAGGAAGACUGCAGUCAUUAUGACUAAUACUUAAGUCGACUUAAGUCUCGUAAUUUUUUUUUUGGAAUACCAAUAAGUGGGACAGGAUGUUUCGUAAAUUUUAUGUUACCUUGUAAUAUUUCAGUUCUGAGAAUAAAAGUACAAAUAAUGUAAAUUAGUUAUUGGUUAAUAAAAAUUAGAAGAAUAUACCUAUGUAUAUAACGAUCAUAUUAUUGUAUUGUUCAAUUUAUUAAACAACUAAUUCUAAAAUAUGUAAAAAUGGCCAUUUUUAAAUGGGUCAGUAAUGGGUCGGAUGACAGACAGUAACUAUUCUGCCCUGCUAAUUUUAAUCUA